CAUAUCAGGACGGGUUAAAACAGUCGUGAAGUUCAUUUGCUACUUUUUUUGUUACCAAUUCCUAUCAACGGUACCGGGUAACAUCAGCAUCAUGUCGAACCCGGCUAGUGCAACCGAACAUGCGGAAUCCACUGCAGCACCGGUGAAGACCGAAAAGCAGCUUAAAAAAGAAGCAGAAAAAGCUGCCAAGUUGGCCAAAUUGCAGGAAAAGUUGAACAAAAAGCAGCAGCAAGAGCAGCAGGCUUCUACGAAACCGAAAGUGGAGAAAAAAGUUAAAGAAACGAAGGAAACCGCUGUUUACACUGGUGCUACUGGUGAAGGUGAAAAGAAGGAUUUAUCUGGACCAUUCCCGGAUGCCUACAGUCCGCAGUACGUAGAAGCAGCAUGGUACAGUUGGUGGGAAAAGGAAGGGUUUUUCAAGCCAGAGUAUGGGCGCAUGCUGAACAAUCCGAAUGGUCAAUUUGUGAUGGUGAUACCACCGCCGAACGUAACUGGCUCGCUGCAUCUUGGCCAUGCGUUAACGAACGCAAUCGAAGAUUGUAUUACCCGCUGGCAUCGAAUGAAGGGUCGUUCGACACUGUGGGUACCAGGAUGCGAUCACGCGGGCAUUGCUACGCAAGUCGUCGUGGAGAAGAAAUUGUGGCGGGAACACAAACAAACCCGACACGAUCUGGGACGCGAAAAGUUCAUUGAACAAAUCUGGCAAUGGCGUAACGACAAGGGCGAUCGCAUUUAUCAUCAGCUGAAGAAGCUGGGUUCGUCCUUUGACUGGGACCGAGCGUGUUUCACCAUGGAUCCGAAGCUAUGCAAAGCCGUCACCGAGGCAUUCGUUCGAAUGCACGAGACGGGCAUGAUCUACCGUAGCAGUCGAUUAGUAAACUGGUCCUGCACGUUACGAUCGGCUAUUUCGGACAUUGAGGUUGAUAAGGUGGAAAUAUCGGGACGCACGCAACUUUCCAUUCCGGGGUACGCUGAUAAGGUAGAAUUCGGUGUUUUGGUUUCGUUCGCUUAUAAAGUGAUUGGUAAGAACGAUGAGGAAAUUGUUGUAGCAACGACACGCGUUGAAACAAUGCUUGGCGAUACGGCUGUCGCUGUCCACCCGAAGGACGAACGGUACAAGCACCUUCAUGGGCAGUUCGUGCAACAUCCUUUCUGCGACCGCAAGCUUCCGAUCGUGUGCGAUGAGUUCGUCGAGAUGGGUUUCGGUACGGGUGCUGUAAAAAUCACACCCGCUCAUGAUCCGAACGAUUACGAAGUCGGAAAGCGACACAACCUGCCCUUCAUUACCAUCUUCACCGACGAUGGCAUUAUUACGGGCGAUUAUGGAGUUUUCACGGGCAUGAAGCGCUUCGAUGCGAGGAAGGCAGUGUUGUCUGCACUGCAGGAGAAAGGUCUCUACCGGGAUACGAAGGAUAAUCCGAUGGUAGUUCCUGUCUGUUCACGCUCCAAGGACAUCGUUGAACCGCUUAUUAAGCCCCAAUGGUACGUCAAGUGCAGCGAAAUGGCAGCCAAGGCAACGGAGGCCGUGAAAAGCGGCGAACUGACGAUAACGCCCGAGGUACACCGUAAAACGUGGUACCACUGGAUGGACGAAAUCCGCGACUGGUGCGUUUCACGGCAGCUCUGGUGGGGCCAUCGAAUUCCUGCCUAUCAGGUUAUCUUCAAAGAUCCAUCAAAGGCACCGAAAGAUUUAAGUGAAGAAAACCUCUGGUUCGUGGGCCGUUCUGAGGUAGAGGCACACGCUAAGGCCGCUGCCGCUUUGAAGGUGGAAAAAUCGUUCAUCACGCUGAAGCAGGAUGAAGACGUGUUGGACACGUGGUUCAGUUCUGGUUUGUUCCCGUUCUCCGUGUUCGGCUGGCCGGACAACACCGACGAUCUGAAGCUCUUCUACCCGACGACGCUGCUCGAGACUGGUCACGACAUUCUCUUCUUCUGGGUUGCCCGCAUGGUGUUCUUUGGCCUGACGCUACUGGGCAAACUGCCGUUCAAGGAGGUGUUCCUCCACCCAAUGGUACGCGAUGCGCACGGACGUAAGAUGUCCAAAUCGCUGGGUAAUGUAAUCGAUCCGAUGGACGUGAUCAUGGGAAUAUCGUUGGAGGGUUUGCAUCAGCAGCUCUACGACUCCAAUCUCGAUCCGCGUGAAAUCGACAAGGCAAAGGAGGGACAGAAGCAGGACUAUCCGAAUGGUAUUCCCGAGUGCGGUACGGAUGCGUUGCGGUUUGCGCUGUGUGCGUACAUGACGCAAGCACGCGAUAUCAACCUCGACAUUUUGCGUGUACAGGGAUAUCGUUUCUUCUGCAACAAACUAUGGAAUGCGACCAAGUUUGCCCUCAUGUACUUCCAAGGGACGGAGAAGUAUGACGUUACCACAACACUGGAUGGCACGGAAAGUAAUAUCGAUCGAUGGAUCCUAUCACGAUUGGCCGGAUGUGUGGAGAUAUCGAAUCGAGGUUUUGAAAAGUACGAAUUCGCUCUUGCCACGAACGCUUGCUACAACUUUUGGCUGUACGAUCUGUGUGAUGUCUACUUGGAGUGCUUAAAGUCUGUGUUCCAAUCCGGCAGCGAACAAUCGAAGGCAUCUGCCCGGCGAACACUUUACACGUGUCUCAAUCUUGGCCUGAAGCUACUGUCGCCGUUCAUGCCAUUCAUUACGGAAGAGUUGUACCAACGGUUGCCGCGUGGCGAUACUACAACUGUGCCGAGUAUAUGCGUAGCACCUUACCCCGAACCAGCCACGACCGCCUGGAAGGAUGAUGUGCUUGAGAAGGGCUUUGAGUUUGUGCAAAAAACGGCACGUGACAUUCGGUCGGCGCGCAGCGAUUACAAUAUCCCGAACAAAACAAAAACGGACGCGUACUUUAUUUGCAGCGACGAGGGCGUUCGAAGUGCGCUGGAGAAAUUUACCCUCGAGCUUGAAACGAUGGCAUUCUCGCAGGUUCAUUUCGGGACGGUGCCGCCGGUGGGAUGUGCGAUUCUUACCAUCUCGGGCCAGUGUGUGGUGCACCUGAUGCUGAAGGGUUUGAUCGAGGUGGACAAAGAGAUCGAAAAGAUGACCAAAAAACGGGAAACGCUAACGCAAACCAUCGCCAAGCUGCAGCAGGCGAUUGCCGUGCCGAACUACGCCAGCAAAGUGCCCGAAGAUGUACGGAAGGCAAAUCAAGAAAAGCUGGAUCAAUCAAAGGUGGAAAUUGAACGUUUGGCCGCCGCCAUGGACGUAUUGAAAUUGAUGUGAAACACACAACUCAGCUGGUGUAUACCUGUCUGUCUGUAGUAGCAACUGUCCGUUUAACGCACCGCAUUUCACAGGGAGGCUGGUCGUUUUAUUAUUCGUCGCUUAUUCGGUCGUUUUAUUACGGGGAGUUAAUUACCAAGCAUACAUUAUCAUUAUCUUUUGGCAAUAAAACUUUAUAUCAUGUU